GCAUGGCUUCUGUUGGUAAGUAAACGAGAGGUCGUAGUCUCAAGCAGGGUAGAUCAUUAAAUGGUUUUGAAGAGUUCGCUAGCGUAAUUCACACUUUUUGGGGUCAUGAUGGAGAUGGAGGAUGGAAAACCAUUGUACGAGCGGAGGUUUGAUGCCGCUGUCAAAGUGAUACAAAGCUUGCCUCCAGACGGUUCCUUUCAGCCCUCCAAUGACAUGAUGCUCAAGUUUUACAGUUACUACAAACAGUCCACACUAGGACCCUGCAACACACCCAGACCCGGUUUCUGGGACCCCAUGGGCAAAGUCAAAUGGGAUGCAUGGAAUGAUCUGGGAGAAAUGCCCAAGGAAGAGGCAAUGACUGCUUAUGUUGAUGAAUUGAAGCUGAUCCUAGAGGGCAUGCCCUGUACAGCUGAGGUAGAGCAGCUGCUGCUGGUGUUGGGCCCCUUCUAUGAACAGGUGCAAGAGAAAAAACACAUAAAUCAGGUGUCCGACCUGUCUGCAGGUUUUGGGACCAUGAUUGCAUCAGCACCUUCAAAAAGUGUCACAAGGAGCAUCAUUAGGACAAUGGAAAUGAAUGGCACUUUGGAGACACGGCCACCCAGACCGGCGGUUGAGCCUCCAAAGCCCAAAGUCAUGGCAGUGAAGGAACAGGGGGAGGAAGAGGAGUUCGAGUUUGAUGAGGAAGAUGAAAUUGAAGUAGAAGCAGAAGAAAUUGCGGAGAUAAAGGAGGUGAAAAAAGCAAGUGAAAAGUCAAAGAAAAAGGGCUCAUCCAGGAGACCUAAAGUCCCCCUGUCCGAAGGUAAUGUGAGGAACGGGAUGAGCCACUUUUCCAAUGGGACCCACACCUCCAAGGCUGCGCUGAACAGUGAGGACUCAGAGGAGGGCCUCUUGAGCAGCACCCUGCCCCUGGAGCCCCAUGUCCAGGUCAACGGCCACCACGCAGAUCUGGAUGUAUCCUGGCCCCGUCAUGUGACCAGUGACUCAGACAGCGAGGUCUACUGUGACUCUAUGGACCAGUUUGGCCUGGAAGAGGGCUCUGAGGCACACACUGACCGCUGUCUGGAGCUGGAUGAGGAAGAGCAGGGGGAGAGCCACAGCCCUCUGUCCGAUCAGGAGGGGCCCGCCGAGGCACCGUGUGGGACCCCUGAGGACCCCCAGGGCCCACCCAAGGGCAUCCAGUGUGGCGGGGAGGAUGGGGAGACUAGUGGAGGGGCCUCUCAGAGACAAAGACUGAAUACAGAUAGGGUCGAUAGGAGAGAACGAGGCUCCAGGUCUUCAGGGCACGGCCUAGAGGCCCAGGGGCCCUUCCUGGGUAGCGGAGGGGACGGGGAACGAUGGGGUGGAGCGGGAGCAACAGGAGGCAGUCUGAAUGAACAGAUCGUAGUGGCGCUGGCCAGACUGCAGGAGGACAUGCAGAGUGUCCUGGAGAGACUGCACACACUGGAGGCCCUCACUGCAUCCCAGUCAUUGGCUCUACCAUACCCAUCAUCACCCCUGGCAAAGAAGGGUAGUAUGAAACCAUCCUGGUGGCCUUUUGACGUGUCUCCUAGCGCUGUUGCCUUUGCUGUGGCAUGGCCGUUUGUGGUGCAGUGGCUCAUCCGCCUAUAUCUUCAACGUAAGAGAAGACGAAUCAACUGAAAAGUCUCCCGUCCCAAAGACACAGAGCGACGAUGAGAGCUCUCUCAACAGUCUCUGGGUUGGGUAAAGGCCGUAACCACCCUUCCGCUUUCCCACCCGCACCUCUGUAACUCUAGCUUUUGCACUAUGAAGAUGGCACUAGGAGUAGUGAGUUUGGGGGACUUAUCACAACCCACUGGCACUACAAUUGAAAUCAAAAGAGAAAUGUGAAUUGAACUGCAGCUUUUAUAAUCAUGUAUACAACUACUGUACUACAUUAGUACUUUCUGUUUUGCUCUGAAGAAAUGAUGAUUAUUUAACUUGGGCGGUAAAGUUAUUGGUUGUGUAUGUUGAGUAUAGGUUCUUUUAUUGCAACUAUUCCGUACAUCUUACGGCACGUAUCGGCAACUUUGAUGGGGGUGUGGUCCAGGAGGGGAAAAAAACGAAACUCCCCUUUUUAGCGGUCCGUCUCCUGACAGCGAAGAUAAUUUUUUUUUUAACGUUUUAAACUUAAUUUCCUGCAAUUCUGCAUAUUUUGCCACGGGGCGUAAAGAAAAUGUUGCCGUUUUAAAUAUGACUGAUGAUCAGUGGGCCCCACCCCAGUUAGUAAUUUGACUAUGUUUACUACAAGUUAGCUGGCCACUAGACUAACUUACCAAUGUAAAAACAUUUAUCUGACCUGGGCUUAUUGAGUGACUGCUGAUGCACAACAAAAACCGAAUGUCGAAAUCGCAGCUUAUGUAUUCUACUAUUCUAACUCUCAACAGUACGUUUUCUUUUUAUCGGUCAAAUUGGUCCGCGGGCCUACAAAAGGGGGGGAGGCCCGCGGGUCUCCCCGCCAGUUGCCCAUCCCUUGUCUUACAGCAUUAUAAGAACUAUCCAACUUGUCCUGCAAAUGGACAUAACUGCAACAGAAACCUUACGCCAUAUAUCAUAAUAGUUGCUCAGGCUGCUAAUAUAUGGUGAUAACGCUAGGUAGAUAAGUGUGUAUAUAUAUAAUAAUGUAUUUGUGGAAAGGUACACUUAAAUCUUGAAAAUGUGUUAAUAUAUUAUUUAUAAUAUUAAAUGAAAAUUAAGACUUUA